AUGGCUGACCGCAUCUCCGCCACUCGCCUCCACCACAUCUCUGCUGCACCUCCUUUUCAGAUCUCCAAAGAUUUCCAUGGCACUGACAAUCCUAUUCCACUUUCACCACAGUGGCUUCUGCCAAAGUCUGGGGAGAGUAAACCUGCAAUAGGAACUGUGGAAAACCAUGUGAUCUCAACUCCACGAAAUGGCAAUCGCUCAGAGAUGGUUAAAAUGUCUGGAAAUGGAGAGGAUGUGAAUGAUGGCCAUAAGCGAAAGGAUGUCUUUCGGCCAUCCAUGCUUGACUCUGAAAGUGGACGCCGUGACCGUUGGCGUGAUGAAGAGAGAGAUACUAAGUCCUCUUUACACAAGGAUAGUUGGAGGAAUGGAGACAAAGACCUAACUGACACUCGGAGAAUGGAUCGGUGGAGUGAAAAUCCAUCGACAAGGCACUUUGGAGAAACACGUCGUGGCUCAUCUGAUAGAUGGAAUGAUUUAGGCAACAAAGAUACAAACUUUGAACAGCGGCGUGAAAGUAAGUGGAACACACGCUGGGGACCUGAUGUAAAGGAGCCAGAAGGUCUUCGUGAAAAAUGGAGUGACCCUGGUAAAGAAGGGGAUCUGGAUGUUGGCAAGCGAUUGUCUAACAUUUCCAAUCUUGUUAAGGAUGAAAAGGAAGGGGAUCAUUAUCGGCCAUGGAGACCUAACUUCUCACAAAGUCGUGGAAGGGUAGAGCCUACCCAGCAUCAAAAUAUGAUGCCAAACAAACAAGUAGAGUCUAAACCAUUGUCAUACGGGUGGGCCACUGGGGAGGAUACCCCACCAGUCAUUGCUUUUGGGCGCGCACGGUUUGGCUCUGGCAGUAACUCCAUUAAUAACACAUAUAUGGAUUCUCAAUACCCUGGAACUUUAUUGGAUAAAGUUGAAAGUGAGCAUGUAGAAGCUCGUUCCUUUAGAUAUAGCAGGACAAAUUUACUUGAUGUGUACAGAGUUGCUGAUAUGCAUAGAAAUAGAAAACUAGUAGAAUUUGAGCAGGUACCUUCUAUUACACAGGAUGAACCAUUGGAGCCUCUAGGUUUUUGUGCUCCAAAUUCUGAGGAACAGUCUGUAUUAAAUGAUAUUGACAAAGGGGAAAUAAUUAGUAGCAGUGCACCUCAGGUGCCAAAAGAUGGACGGAACUCAACAGAAUUUACACAUUCAAGACGAACCAAGCUUGUAAAUGCUCCUUUCCAAGAUAGAGUUGAAGAUAAUGGUUCUUACAGAAUGGUUGAUGAGGUGCCUAGUAACAGAGAAUCAACCAUUGAAGAAAGUAAUUCUGUUCAUCCUGAUGCUACAUGGUGUGAGACACCACUAGGUCAUGCUGGCACAGUUGUGCAUGAAAGCAGAGAUGUGCCCUGUGAUAUUAAAUCAAGAAACCCAGAUAUGAGCUGGUCACACCAGACAAAAGAUACUCAUGCUCAGUGGGACCGUAAUUUGGAUUAUUUAUCUGAAACCAGAGAUGCGGCUAAGUGGCAAUCUUGUGGAGAUCCCAUUAAAAGGCAGCUAUCUGGCAUUUUGGACAAUGAAUUUGAAUCCAGGAGAGUUCAACAAACUUGUCCAGAGGAGUUAUCACUCCUAUAUAAAGAUCCUCAGGGUCACAUUCAGGGCCCGUUUAAAGGAAUUGAUAUUAUUAGUUGGUUUGAGGCUGGUUACUUUGGUAUAGAUUUACCUGUUCGUCUGGAAAAUGCAGCAUCUGACUCACCAUGGUUGCAACUUGGUGAUGCCAUGCCCCAUUUACGAGCUAAGGCACAGCCACCACCUGGAUUUUCUGCAGCAAAACACGACUCUACAGAGGCACUUGGUCGGCAAAACUCCAGUACCUUUGGGAACAUGCAUACUGGUUUAAGUGAGGUGGAGAGGCUGAGAAAUGAUUCUAUGCAUAGGAGUUCUGGCACAGAAGCUGAAAAUAGGUUUUUAGAGUCACUCAUGUCUGGUAGCAAGAGCAGUUCCCCACUUGAUUGUUUCACAUUAUCGGAAGGUUUGCAAGGGUUUCUCAGUAAUAAUUCUGGUAAUUUGGGCUCAUCAAAUAGUGGAAACAACCUUUACUUACUGGCCAAGAAGAUGGCAAUUGAACAGCAAAGAUCCUUGUCAACUCAUCCUUAUCCAUACUGGUCAGGGAGGGAUGCAGCACCUGCACCCCUUCUGCCAAAAUCAGAAAAUUUUCCAAAUGCACCACUGCAUUCAAAUAUCUUGUCUUCUUUUAGUGACAAUCCUCGUCAGCUUCAGCCCCAAAAUUCUGAAUUGAACUCAAUAAUCCAAGGAUUGUCUGACAGGUCGUCCACAGGCUUAAAUAGUGGUAUUGCUGGAUGGCCAAAUUUUCAUUUGCAAGGUGGAUUGAAUCCCCUUCAGAAUAAGAUUGACUUUCAUCAUGAUCAAAAUUAUGUUCAAAUGCCAUUUGGAAUUCAACAACAAAGACUACAAACACCGAACCAGUUGCCCUUGAAUAACUUAACUGCUCAAACUUCAGAUAUUCCGUCUAGUAUUUUGACAGCAGAGAAAUUGCUUUCUUCUGGUUUAUCCCAAGAUCCCCACAUGUUGAAUAUGUUGCAGCAGCAACACUUGCUGCUGUUGCAUUCUCAGGCAACUGCUUCUUCACAACCAACUUUGUUAGAUAAACUUCUAUUACUAAAGCAGCAACAGCAACAUGAGGAGCAACAACUGAUAUUGCACCAACAACAGCAACUGCUAUCUCAAGUGCUGCAGGAUCAUCAGACUCACCAGCGCCUUGGUGAUUUAUCUUAUCAACAGGUGCAGGGAGGUGGAAUACCAGUGGGGAAUUUGCAUGUGAAUGUUUCUGAAAUUCAACCACCAAAAGACAUUUUUUCCAUGAGUUCUCAGACACCAAUUACCAGUGUGCAUGGUGAGCUUACUACUAAUUCUUUGGAUUUACCUCUGCAAUUAAGCAAUCAGGACACUAGCGAUAAUAUAAACAGUGAAUCUUCUGCCAAUCUCCCUGACCAAUUAUUUGAGAACAUUGGUCCUCAAAAAAGCUGGAGUGCUACACUUCCUGAGCAAAUUAAUGACAAACACCAGAAUGAAACAUUGGAAGCAUCAAAUGCACAUAACAUAGUUAAAGAGGAACCCGAAAUUGCCCAUAAACCCCUUCCUUUUUCUCACUAUACUGCUAAAAUCAUGGAGCAGAUGCCAGACAAAACUUAUCCAGCUGAUGAUACUCAUGUGAGUGUAACUUCUGAGUCUGGUGAGAAUUCUCAACCAUUACAGCAUGUUACACCUGUUGUUCCUGUGUCUUCAGCUGGAUCUUGUGGUACUGAGUUACCACUAUCUAGUCAACUGAGUAUAAAUGUGGAGAUUAAAUCAGAUAGUCUUGUAGAGCAGCAGUGUGGAAGAGAGAGCUCAAAUAUUGAGCCCUCUGUGGUAGACGUGAGAAGUGUUGAAGCACUGGAACCCAAAAAGACUACUGAGAAGAAAACAAAGAAGCAAAAAUCUUCAAAAUCUCAGUCUUCUGAGCAGGCAAAGGGAUUUCCAAAAAAUGUUACUUCACACCAGUCAAAGAGAUCAGAAACUGAGAAGCCAAAUUAUAGUGAAAUUUUUUUGGGAGAAACCACCAAGGGUGAACCAGUCCAUGAGACAUAUCUGCAACAAACAAGUGGUAAGGGUAAACAAUCUACAACUGCUAAUGAUCAUCAAGAAGUUAAUGGUGUCCCUACUAAUACUUCAGGAAGUAUCACUGAAACAUGUGUUGGGAAUGAGUUGAAGGAAGUGAGUUUUGUUCCCACCCAGAAUACUGAAUUACCUUCAGGGAGAGCAUGGAAACCUGCUCCAGGUUUCAAAGCAAAAUCUCUCUUAGAAAUUCAACUGGAAGAACAAAAAAAGGCACAUAAAGAAGUGCUGGUGUCUGAGGUUGCUACACCUGUCAUUUCCAUGAGUUCAACAAGUCCCUCGGUUGGAGUUGUGGCCAAUCCAGACUCUAUGAACUUGUGUAAUGAUAGUCACAGAGAAGCAGAUAAUACUGAAUAUCUGGCUAAAUCUGAAAAAUCUCAGUAUAGUAAAACCAAGAAAAGCCCAUUACAUGAUCUAAUGGUAGAAGAUGUACCAAAAUCUAGUGAAAGAGAUGGCAUGGUUCCAGACAGUAUGAUCCCCUCACAAAAUAUAGCUGUUCAUUCUCAAUCGAAACCAAUAGAUGAAGGAGACUUCAUUGAAGCUAAAGACACAAAAAGAAGCAGGAAAAAAUCUGCAAGGUUGAAGGGUUCAGGGGCUAAGGUUUCAAUUCCUGUUGCUUCUAGCGAAAUGCCCAUUAGUUCAAGUCACAUUGAAAAGGUAAAAAGCUCCCCUUCUGCUCCGCUUGAGAAAGAACAACUGCCUUCUAUCCCUUCAGGACCCUCUCUGGGAGAUUUUGUUCUUUGGAAAGGAGAGCCAACAAGCCCAUCUCCUCCACCAGCGUGGACUGCUGAUUCUGGUAGGAUUCCUAAACCGACAUCAUUAAGGGACAUUCAAAAGGAGCAGGAGAGGAAGUCCGGUGCAGUUCUCCCAAACCAAAUGCCUAUCCCUCAGAAAUCACAGCCUGCCCAAGUUGCUCGGAGUAGCAGUUCUUCAUGGCCAAUUUCAACUUCAUCUCCAUCAAAAACUGUACCUUCUAGCCUGAUAAACUCUCAAGCUUCUCUGUCAAAAUAUAGAGGGGAUGAUGAAUCGUUUUGGGAUCCAGUUGAACAAUCUAAGCAAGAAAAUAAACAAUCAUGUUUCUCUCAGAUUGCUAGCCAGGGAAGUUGGGUUUCUAAAAAUGUCCCCAUGAAAGGUAAUUCACCUGGAUUACUGAGUCGACAAAAAUCUGGGAGUGGCAAACCAGUUGAGCGAUCUCUAUCAUUAUCACCUGCCUUUUCUCAGUCACUGCUAAAACUUAAAAAGGAUGCCAUGACUAAGAAUUCUGAAGCCAUGGACUUCAGAGUCUGGUGUGAGAAUGAAUGUGUCAGGCUUAUUGGGACAAAAGAUACAAGUUUCCUUGAGUUUUGCUUGAAGCAGUCCAGAUCUGAAGCAGAGAUGAUUCUCACAGAAAACCUGGGAUCAUAUGACCCUGAUCAUGAAUUCAUUGAUAAAUUCCUCAAUUACAUGGACUUGCUACCAUCAGAUGUUUUGGAAAUAGCUUUUCAAACUCGGAAUGAUCAGAAAGAUGUUGGAUCUGAAAAUACAGUUGUGCAAGAUACAGGCUACACUGACGGAUCCUUCGCAAAAGGUGGAAAGAAGAAAGGUAAGAAAGGAAAAAAAGUCAGCUCUGCAGUUCUUGGAUUCAAUGUCGUGAGUAACCGCAUCAUGAUGGGUGAGAUCCAGACGCUGGAUGACUAA